AUGUCAAUGAAACAAUUCUACCUGUUGGGUGACGUUGCAACAACCGCCCGGGAGAUUGAACUACCGCCAGCUAUAGACUUUGAGGAGCUACAGAGUAUUGUUGCCUCCCAUUUUGCUAUUGUAAAACCUAACAGUGUUGGCUUCGUCUACGAUAACCGAAAACUCAACGUCGUCUCUGAAGUCCUCGAGGUAGACGAGCCUAUAGCCAUUUGUAUCAAUGGCAACGCCGUGAGAGACGUGCCUGGGCCCUCGGGUAUCCCAUAUUUCGGAAAUUAUCUCGAAAUUUAUCCUGACCACCUUGGCAAUCAUCAACGACUGUUCGAGAAGUACGGACCGCUCUUUACCACAAGCAGCAUGGGAAACCGUCUGUACCAAACCAACAGCGCUGAGCUCUCGAAUAUUUUCCUUUCUGAAGACCACUACUUCACCAAGGAUAUUAUUCCUGGUCAUCCUUUACAUCCUAUCAAGAACCAAGAAGCAGGAGUUUUCUUGGCUGAUACGAAUACCGAGCAAUGGCGGCUUGCCCAUAAGUUCCUGCCACCUGCGCUGGGGCCAAAGGCUGUAAGGCAUUAUGCACCCACUAUGCAGCGUACGGUUGAAUCGUCGUUCAAGGUCUUUGAUGACCUAGACCACAAGGGUGAAGCAUGGAAUGUCUACCAGUACAUGCUUAAGCUUGGCUCUCAAGCUGUCGGCAAACUCGUCUUGGGCAUGGAUUUUGCUCAUUUUGAGCAGGUAGACUCGCCGUUACACGAAAUGGUUCUCAAGAUCGCCGAGAAUCUGGAGUUGAAUAAGCGUGUCUCUUCUAUGGGUGCUUGGUACGCCCAAAUGCCGUUUGGUGAUCCGAAGAAGGUCCGUCAGACGAUGGCCAGGAUUAUGGAGAUGAUGGACGAGUCGAUCGCCAGAGCCUCUAAAGGCCAGGAAGACCUAGAGCUUCAAGAUGCAGCUCUCAAGGCGGACAACGUUGUCGACUACUUCCUCCGUGCCACGGAUAACAAGGGCAAUAAACUUCCACCUUCACAGUUUGCACCAGCUCUUCUCGUUGCUACCGCGGCCGGCUUUACAACCACAUCAUCCUUACUAUCUUGGUUGAUUUACAGUCUGGUCAAAUACCCAGGCAACCAAGAACGUCUCCUUCAAGAGCUCAUUGACAACGACUGGGAUGAAGAUACCCAGGUCACCGCUGACACCACGAAUAAGCUAACAUUCCUCGAUAAGUUUAUCAAGGAAACUCAGCGUCUCCAUAAUCCAUCAUUCCAGCCCGGUCGCACCGCAAAGGUUGAUAUGAUCCUCCCAGGCGGGUAUCGUCUCCCAAAGGGUGCAGUAGUCAUCUCAGCCCUUCAUCACAUGCACAAUAACAAAGAUGUAUGGGAGAAUCCGGGACGUUUCGACCCCGAUCGUUGGGAUACAGAACAGGUCAAGAAUAGACCUCCUGGCUCAUACAUUCCAUUCGCAACGGGGCCUAGAAUGUGCGUCGGAUUCAAUUUUGCGUUGCAGGAGAUCAAGGUUUUCUUACCUAAGCUUGUCUACCGAUACAAGUUCAGCUUGGCACAGGAUGGAGCGAUUGAGUAUGACCCUUACUUUCAGUUGAUUCGACCUAACAAUUUCCUAUUCCACAAUGGUUACGCUCCACCGAUGGAUUCCUCCUGGGAAGCCGAGUUCUCAUCAUCUCGACAUGUUCACAACAGAGGCUCACGUAAACCCAGAUCACAAACCGCUGAUAUCUCAAACAUCUUUGGCAUUUAUGAAGUCCAAUGCGCAAAGGCUGAAAACAUAGCUCUGGAACAUCGAUCACCCGCAAAGAGGAAGAAGUCGAAACGACAAUCUGGACCGAGACUUAAUAUACAAAGUUUCAUCUCUGAUGAUCACGGACUGGUCGGAACUCUUCAUUUACCGGGCGUUUUAGAUGCCGAGGUAUACAUGUCCGGGAGUCGAAAAAGGCUGCAAGAAAUCCUAGAUGCCGAGAACGCAUCCGAGGAAUUAGGCUCAGGCUUUGAAGGAGACCUUGAUUUGGAACACGACAGCCAUGAUAAUGAAAUUGAAGGCGAAGCAACUCCCAACAACGCCGACCUUUCUCAGCCUUCUGAAGCUGCAACUGAGAGCCAUGGUUCUGAGAUUUCUACCCAAGAAGCCAAAGAACAGUCGAGGUUCAAAAAGUUUGAGAAGAACACCUUUCGACAACCCAAAUUUUGGUUCUUUUGGAAAGGAUCUGUUCUUGUGUUACCUGGGAACACUGUCCAACCGAACGCAGACAGCAUGCAAGACUCAUUGCCUAACGAACUGCAGUCUGGGAUGGGAUACAUUGUCUUCAACGGAAACGGGUACAAAAGGUUCCAUGGUACCAUCAGCUGCGAGUUACUUGAAUGGACGAAUAUUCCAAUCAGCGGACGAAAGGAAUAA